AUGAUCACGGAGUACAAGAUUUCGCACAACGACUGGAUCUAUCUUGUACCUUUGGUGCAAGCUAACUUGAAUCACUCUCCGGUGGCUUCUCUAGCUAACAAGGCCCCUGUUGAGGUAUUCACUGGGUUGCCAUGCCCAGUGCCAGCCUACAUUCUGCAUGUACCUGACAAUCAACCUAAGGCAGUCUCUAUUUCGAGUGCAGCCAUCGAGAACACUCUAGCGAAGCUGCGGUCUAGUAUUGAGGACAUGUACUGUGCUGUUAAGAACAAGCGUGAGAAUAUCACUUUGCUGAACAAGAGAAAAUCCAGAGAUACAAAAGAAGUAACCUUUUCGGUGGAUGAUUACGUCCUACGAUCACGUGUCGAUGAACGCCGACACAACAAGUUGCUAGUCACCUGGAUCGGUCUCUACGUGGUUACCCGUGCGGACUCACACUCGUUUCGUGUUCGGCACCUCGUUACCGGCAAGGAGCAAGAUGACAUCGUGCUGAAGGUCGACCGACUUAGCAAGCACCGUUGGAACAAACACAAACAUGCCUUUGAAAUCCUAGUGAGUUGGUGCGGCUUAGAGCCUAUCGAGGACUCUUGGGAGCCCUUGAAGUCUCUAGCACAGAACAUCCCUGCGCUAUUACGUACCUACGUGGAAGCUGCCGAGGACGCAAAGUUAGCGACAGCGUUGCAGAAGGUUACCUCGACCUAG